AUGACCUCGGCUAGUGGUAGUAGCAGCUCUUUCAAGAGAACGAGGGGAUUCAAGCGUCCUAGCGCCAUUGACCAUACGUUGAUGGCUCUGCCCUCCGUCUACAUCGACCCCCGGAGCAUGUUCCUGGACAACAGACUAGCCAUGCAACUUGUGCCUCAAGGUCGUGGAUGUAACUGGACCGCGACAAUCAAUAUGACACCGAACCCCACCAAGUCCACAAGUCACUUACUUUCGCAGGAUAUGGCGUCACGCGCCUUCUGGCAAAAGCUACAGGCUGGUAUUCGGGCAUCGUACAACUCAUAUCUGAGCAUGUACAGGGGUAUAAAGGCGUACCCUUAUCUUCCGUUUCUAACAACGGACACACACCGCGCUGAUUCGUGA